AUGUCUUUGAGGCCGGAUAACACCAAAAACGAUAUGUCUAAAAGGAUAAGUAGUUCGUCUAUUUAUUCUAAUCGCGGUUCGCUGUCAACGAAUUUGAAUCAAUAUCUUGACUUCGAGAGAGACAGUUCGGUUGCCACCUACGAACUGUAUCCGGGAACCGAAACGGACAAUUACGACUUCACGGUCGAAAGACACAGUCCGCUACUAUAUAAUCUAUUUGAAUCUACGGCAUAUUUAAUUAAAGGAUUCUUUGGGGCUGGCAUACUAAACGUCCAUGUGGCUUACAUGUUCGCUGGUCUUUGGACGUCUUUGGUCGUGACGUUCGUCAUGGGAGGAAUCAUCUGUCGUUGUAUGAUGCUAUUGGUCAAAUCAGCCCAUAAAAUGUACGUGUUGUUGAGAGUACCAAGGCUUACAUACGCGGAUCUAGUAGAGGCUGUUGUUGCUAUAGGACCUUUAAAGAAGUUAAGGAACUACAGCAAAACUCUUCGGUACUUUGUAGAUAUCUGUUUAUUUGUACAAAUGUGCGGGACAUGUUGUAUUUAUGAAAUUAUCAUUGCAACAACAUUGAAAAAGGUUUUAGAAGCGGUAUCCCCUACGCUAAGUCAUCAAGAACUGCAUUUAAGGAUAUACGUAAUGAUCACAAUGGUACCACUAAUUGCGGUCUGCCUCAUCAGAAACAUGAGAUAUUUAGCUCCAUUUUCUUUAUUAGCUGAUUUGUUUAUAGGUAUAUGUAUGGCCAUAGCUCUUUACUAUGGAAUGUCAUCGGCGGUGCCUAUACGCGAAAGACCCGCCUGGAAGAACUAUGGUGGUCUGAUCAGAGGCAGCAGUAUUAUUCUGUACGCUUUAAGCGGUAUUACGGCCACGUUACCGGUUGAGAACAAUAUGGAAAGGCCAAAAUUAUUCUUCAUUGUUUUGCAAUACGGUAUGUCAGUGGUGCUGUGUUUGGUGACAGUUACAGGAUUUUUUGGGUAUUGGGGAUUCGGUGAAAACUGCCAGGGUCCUAUAACAGUUCACAUGGGAGUGUCGGAAGUAUUUCCAUUGAUUUUACAAUUCAAGCUGAUUUUAAUGCUCUGCGUGACUUUUGGUGUUAAAUUCUGGGUCCCGUUCAGACUCGUUUGGUAUUAUCUUGGAAAAUUACAUAACAGAGGCCGCAAGCUGUGGGAAAGAAUUUAUAUGAUGUUUCUGAUUAUCCUAAUCACGGGUAUUACAACAUUAGUUCCAAAUCUAACCUCCGUUAUGGUAUUCAUGGGAAGCUUUUUGUUUCCGUUGACGGCCAUUAUAUUUCCAGCUUUAAUUGACAGCUUUGCUUUUUGGAACGAAUACCAGAAGGAACGUUUCAGAUGGAAGUUAACGAUAAAUAUUAUGAGUGUAAUGAUAGCUUUUACGAUAGUAGGAAGUGCUUUUUGUCUGAUGUUCAUUAAAGUAUAA